AUGGCUUCAAGAAUCGAUGAUCUGGCAAAGGUCGAUGCCUCCAAAGAAACCUGGACAAUUGUUGCCAAAGUCAGUCAUCUAUGGCUUAGUCCGAGCCUAUAUGGCUCAAAACUACCCUUUUCAAUGGACAUGAUACUUAUGGAUGACAAGGGCUGCAAGAUUCAUGCUACUGUUAGGAAGACUUUGAUAUAUCGAUUUCAAUCUUCCCUAACUGAGGGAAAAGUAUACCAUAUUUCCUACUUUGGUGUGGGCGAGAGCGGACAUGAUUUUCGCCCGACCGAGCAUCCAUUCAAGAUCAAAUUUGAUAUUCAGACCUACUACCUAACAAGGGUUCGUGUUGAAUGUGCUUUUUUCGGGAAAUAUGUUUCUGAGGUCAUUGGUUAUCUUUCAUCGGUUGAUGCAACCAAUGCUGUCGUGGUUGUACAGUGUUGUAAGAUCAAGCCAUUCAAAGGUAAGACUAGCAUUCAAAACGUUUAUGGUGCUACUAGAGUUCUUUUUAAUCCUCAGAUUCAAGAAGCUGCCCCUCUCCGUGCUCGGUAA